GGCCGCGGCGGCGGCGGGAGAAUUUCCAGAGGUGCGUUUCAGAGAGAGCACUGCCCCUGGCCCUCCAGAAAACAGCCCUGCUUCCGCGUUCUACCACGACUUCCUCGGAGCCAGCAGCAAAGGGCAGGUGCUCGCGCGGAGUCGGAGACCCGGGGACAGAGGACCCAGCCUGUAGGCCCUGGCGGGGCCGGGAUGUGCAACAGCUCACCCUGGGGACUGCAGAGACCCAGCUGCUUAAUGAAGCUUGAGCAGAGUCACCGCCGUUAGAGGCCUCGCAGAACUACAAUUCCCAGAACACACAGCAAGCGCCUGGUCCAGCCCCAGCUGCCCCAGCGGCCGGCUCUGAGGUAGAACAAGGAAAUCUCACCUGUUCUGGGAAUUCUGCGUCCUGGUCUGCAAGAGCACCUUGACAGACAGGAAUUCUGCCCGUUUUUCGGAUGAGAAAUCUGAGGCCCCAUCACAUGAAGUGACUUGCCCACGGCCACACAGCUGGAUCAUUCUGGCUGCUGUGUGGACGGGAGACCGUGGAGGGCGAGGGCAGGAGCCGGGAGACUCGGAGGAGGCAGCCGCGCUAGUGUAGGUCUCCUGAGUGCACCCCCUGCCUCUCACUGCUCAUGCCGCUGGGACUGGGGCGGCGGAAAAAGGCGCCGCCUCUGGUGGAAAAUGAGGAGGCCGAGCCAGGCCGUGGGGGGCUGGGCGUGGGGGAGCCGGGGCCCCUGGGUGGGGGUGGGGCAGGGGGGCCCCAGAUGGGCUUGCCCCCCCCUCCCCCGGCCCUGCGGCCCCGCCUCGUGUUCCACACCCAGCUGGCCCACGGCAGUCCCACUGGCCGCAUCGAGGGCUUCACCAACGUCAAGGAGCUGUAUGGCAAGAUCGCCGAGGCCUUCCGGCUGCCCGCUGCCGAGGUGAUGUUCUGUACCCUCAACACCCACAAAGUGGACAUGGACAAACUCUUGGGGGGCCAGAUCGGGCUGGAGGACUUCAUCUUCGCCCACAUUAAGGGGCAGCGCAAGGAGGUAGAGGUGUUCAAGUCGGAGGAGGCACUGGGGCUCACCAUUACCGACAACGGGGCCGGCUAUGCCUUCAUCAAGCGCAUUAAGGAGGGAAGCGUGAUCGACCACAUCCAGCUCAUCAGCGUGGGGGACAUGAUUGAGGCCAUCAACGGCCAGAGCCUGCUGGGCUGCCGGCACUACGAGGUGGCCCGUCUGCUCAAGGAGUUACCCCGAGGCCGCACCUUCACGCUGAAGCUCACAGAGCCCCGCAAAGCUUUUGACAUGAUCAGUGUACGCUCAGGCGGGGGGCACCCUGGCUCUGGCCCCCAGCUGGGCACUGGCCGAGGGACCCUCCGGCUCCGAUCCCGCGGCCCCGCCACGGUAGAGGAUGUGCCCUCAGCCUUUGAAGAGAAGGCCAUCGAGAAGGUUGAUGACCUGCUGGAGAGCUACAUGGGCAUCAGGGACACAGAGUUGGCGGCCACCAUGGUGGAGCUCGGAAAGGACAAAAGGAACCCAGAUGAGCUGGCCGAGGCCCUGGAUGAACGGCUUGGUGACUUUGCCUUCCCUGAUGAGUUUGUCUUUGACGUCUGGGGUGCCAUUGGGGACGCCAAGGUCGGCCGCUUCUAGGCCUCCCUCCAGACCUCUCAGUGACCUGGCUCUGCUUGGUGGGAGCCCCCUGCAGGGGCGGGGGGACACCAUGGCCCGGACGCCAGCAUCCGGCUUGGACCUUGUGCAGCAGCCCAAGGAUGAGGGAGAGCGGAAGUGGGGCCAGGCCCCUGCCCCGCUCCAAUCGGUACCACCCCUCCCAGCUCCUGCCCUGGGCGGGGUCCCUGGUCCCCCCUCCUUGCCCUGUUCCCCACCUACCUCAGCCGGGUCGGGCGCGGGGAGGGACCGGCCAGAUCGGGCGGCUACCCCCGCCCGCAACACUUUCCGCAUCAGCUGCCAAACUGGUCCCUCUGUCUCCCUGGGGCCUGUUUUGGGGGUCGUGACCUCCCGAGUUUCCUGUUGCAGGGAAUGCAGAAGGGGGGCAUCCCCCCUCCACAAAUGCAAUAAUGCCCUCCCCCUCCGCGCCCCACCCAGAGGACCCCCCCCCGUCACUGUGGAGUCUGUUACCUCUGCAUUUGAAAUACUAGUCUGCUGUGAACCCCCCAACCUCCCUCCCACCCUCCCCUGCCCCCUGCGUCUCCCUCAGCCCAGCCCCGGACAGAAGGGGCAUGGGGGAGGAUGGCAGCGGGCUUUUGUAUCUGAACUUGCUGUCUUGAACAUAAAGAAUCUAUCUGCUGUUGGA